AUGCACUGGAAAAACACCUCUGAAUACACCAAACUGAAGGAAGAAAAAAAAACUGACAAUGUAACUCGUGCUACUAUUGUACACGAGGACAUUACAAAUGGCACUAAGCAAUAUGACAUUGCUAAGAUGUUUAAUGUUAACCCUUAUACUGUUUCAAGAGUGCUUAAGCACUACAAAGAAACUAGGUCAUAUGAGAGAGUCAAGAACCUAGGGAAACCAAAGAAGUUAAAUACAAGAGAUAAGAGAGAGAUUCUGUAUGAGAUUUCAAAGGAUCUGAUGCAACUAAUGUCUUACAUCAGAAAAACUAUUGCGAAUCCCAUAUAA